AAUGGCAAGUGAUCGCGUAGAAAUGUUGCAGAAUUUAGAAUGAAUGUAAUGUUGUAAUAUACAAAUAGAGAAGACUGUACUUACAUUUAUUGUUAUUUACUAGUAGUGGAUUGUUAAUUCACCACGCUAGUUGUUGUACUGUAGAGGCUGCGAUCAUUUGUAUGUUUCAGCAGGUGAUUCACUGAUUGUCGGAAUUUGUAAAACAUCUGACUCGCAAUGGCUGACCCCCUCUCGUCUCAAAAUUACCAACAGCACCAAACUCAGCAGGUCGAUUACACCCAGAGACCAGGGUUACCAGGUGGCCAAAGGAUGCCAUAUCCACCAGGUGGACAGAUUCAGCCAAAUGGAUCACCAUUGAAUGCUUCUCCUGUUCCAGGUCAGCAAUCACAACCACCACCACCAAUGGCAAUGGGCAUGCCACAACAUUUCAAAAACCAGCCACCAGGGCCGAACCAACCUCCAGGAAGAAAUGCACCACCUGCAAAUGGCAUGCCACCUCCUGGCCAACCAACAUCCAACAGGGUUGGUCCUCCACAACCAUUACCAAACCCCAUGCCUCCAGCAUCUGAUGGUGGAAGGCCACCACAUCCUGGACAACAUCCAGGCUACCAGUCUCAACAGUUUGUUGGCGAAAGACCUUCUGGUCCUGCUCCACACCCACCUGUGUCUUCAGGUCCACCGGGAGGCCAGUUUCAGCCACAGUUCUCUAAUCCAGUAAUGAAUGGACCGUCCAAUUUUCCAACACCAAGCUCCCUUGCUAAUCAGCCCACUGGACAGUUUCCACCAAACACAUCUGUAAAUAGGUUUCAGGGCCAGCUUCCACCAAGUUCACAGCAAAGUGGAAUGCCACCCACUACGGGGGGCAGAACAGACAGUCCACACGGUGGGGGGAUGAUGCCUCCGACAGGAAUGGUUCAGACGUCUCAACAAACUGGAGCAUCACAUGUUCCAAAGAUGACCCAGGGUGCCCCACAAGGUGGGAUGCCCACUUCUUCUAUGGGAGUGAAUCCAGCACAGGCUAUGCCAAGGAUGCCUCAAAACCCUCCACAUGGUGGAGGGAUGCCCCCACCAGGAAUGGGUCCGUCUUUUCAACAAGGUGGGAUGAGGCCUCCACAAGGUGGGGUUCCACCUCCUAUGGGAGCAAGUGCAGGACCAUCACCACCUCAAGGCUCUAGUUUUGCACCACCAAGGGCUGGUGUCCCUCCAUCAAAUAUGCCAGGUCCUCCACCUCCUCAGGGAGCAGCUAGUCAGAUGACUCCUAGUGGUGGUCCACCUAAAGCAAACACACCGACUAACAUGGUGCCUCAAGGACAGACGACAGGUCGACCAAAUGAAUUGCCCGUUCCAUAUCAUGGCCAUGGUCAAUACUCUCACCAAGUGGGUGCGUCCUUGAAGCUCACACCUGGCUUUACACCCAACAGCUCAGACCCUCCAUCACAGAAGUCCUCAAGAGCACCAUCUCCAGUCAGCAUGCAGUCAAUUGAUGCCCUGGAGGGCCAGUUCACUCCAACAGCUCAAGGUGUUCCUGGUCAACCACCGGGACCUGGUGUACCUCAGACAGCAGCUUCUCCAACACAGCAAGAUUCAAGUCAAAAGUCAGCUGGAAUCACAGGCAGAAGACAGUAUCCUCAAAUGGGUGCAUAUCCACCAGCAAGUGGUUCAGGGCCACCAGUGUCCCAGCCAGGAAUGUAUGGGCUACCAGCAACAGCAGGACAAAACCCACAGUCGACAGCAGGAUAUGGCACUCCCGGAAUACAGAACUAUGGAGUCCCACCUUCACAGGGAUACAACCAGCAGAUGAGGCCAGGUCAACCUUACCAAACAGGGCCAACGGCAGGACCUCCAGGGCCAACGUCUGGUCCUCCAGGGUCAAUGUCUGGUCCUCCAGGGUCAAUGUCUGGUCCUCCAGGGUCAAUGUCAGGACCUACAGGGUCAAUGUCAGGACCUCCAGAGACCAUGUCAGGACCUACAGGGCCAAUGUCGGGACCUCCAGGGACCAUGUCAGGUCCAGCAGGGACUAUGCCAGGACUUUCAGGACAAUUGUCAGGUCCCCCUGGGCCAAUAUCUGGUCCUACAGGGCUGGUGUCAGGAACUGCAGGACAAACAAUGUCAGGUCCUACAGGGCCAAUGUCUGGUCCUGCAGGACCUUUGUCAGGUCCUACUGGGCUGAUGUCUGGUCCUACAGGACAGGGAAGCUUCAUGCCGCAACCAGGUCAGCAAGGUGCACAACAGAAGAUGAUGCAGCAGCAGAACAGCAUGAAUGCCAUGUCAGGAGAUUUCGCAAGAUUUGGUGUCAAUGAUUCUCAGAGAACAGUGAAUUUGAUGCAAGAGAAAAGGUUAAUACCACCAGAAGGUCUGGAAGUAGUUAAACCUACCCUGCAACAUGACUUCAAAAACGUGAACUGCAACCCCGAAAUUUUCCGCUGCACUCUGCGAUGUAUUCCUCAGACAGCUUCUCUCCUGAGCAAGUCGAGGUUGCCUCUAGGAAUAUUAAUCCACCCUUUUAAAGAUUUAUCUACUUAUCCUGAAGAUCCCCAACUACCUGUGAUUCAGUCAAGUGUGAUAGUUCGGUGUCGCUCAUGCAGAACAUACAUCAACCCGUUUGUUAAUUUUCUCGAUCAACGCAGAUGGAAGUGCAAUCUCUGUUACCGAGUAAAUGAAUUACCAGAGGAGUUUUCCUUUGAUCCAGUAAGUAAGACCUACGGAGAUCCACAGCGUCGCCCAGAAGUGAGGUCGUCCACCAUAGAGUUCAUCGCUCCGUCAGAAUACAUGUUGAGACCUCCACAGCCAGCUGUUUAUUUAUUUUUAUUAGAUGUCUCUUUUAACGCUGUUGAAACAGGUUAUUUGAGUUUAUUCUGUCAAACACUUCUCGAUGAGCUAGACAAACUUCCUGGAGACUCCCGGACACAGAUCGGUUUCGUGGGGUACGACCGAUUCCUCUAUUUCUUCAGCCUCGCGGAGGGCCUCGCCCAGCCCCAGAUGAUGAUUGUACCCGACCUGGAAGAUAUUUUCCUGCCAUGUCCGGACAAUCUGCUGGUGAACCUGCACGAGUCUAAGGACUUGGUCAUUGAUCUGCUCUCCCAGCUGCCGGGUCUGUUCGAGGGGAACGGAGAGACGGGGAGUGCCUUGGGGGCCGCUCUGCAGGCUGCGUACAAGAUGAUGAGUUCGACUGGAGGUCGGGUGACAGUCAUGCAGACUGUGUUACCAACAGUCGGACCGGGUGCUCUACAGAUGAGAGAAAUGCCAGCACAAGACGUGGGAAAGAAUAUCCCCCAUCUUGGUCCUGCGACAGAUUUCUACAAGAAGAUGGCGCUCGACUUCUCGGCUCAGCAGAUUGCCGUCGACCUGUUCAUGCUCAAUGGCCAGUACGCUGAUAUAGCCUCACUAGCAUGUAUAUCAAAGUAUUCAGCAGGAUGUAUUCAAUAUUAUCCCUCAUUUCACACUCUGAAGAAUCCUAGCUUGGCAGAUAAGUUUGACAUGGACUUACGGCGUUACUUCACAAGGAAGAUUGGGUUCGAGGCUGUUAUGAGAAUUAGGUGUACAAGAGGUCUGAGCAUCCACACGUUCCAUGGUAACUUCUUUGUGCGGUCGACUGACCUGCUUUCACUUCCGAACAUCAACCCUGAUGCUGGGUUUGGGAUGCAGAUGUCAGUCGAAGACAGUCUCACCGACAUGUCCACCGUGUGUUUCCAGGCUGCACUACUCUACACGUCUAGCAAAGGUGAGCGAAGGAUCAGAGUGCACACGUUAUGUCUGCCGGUUACAAACCAAAUCUCUGAUUUGUUUGGAGGAGCUGACCAGCAGGCCAUUAUCUCUCUGUUAGCCAAGAUGGCUGUUGACAGGUCAGUAUCGUCGUCUGUGGGGGAUGCCAAAGAUGCUAUGAUAAACGCUGCCUUGGAUGCGACCCAGUCGUACUCCAGCCACAUCGCACCCUCCCAACAUAUGGGUGCUCUGCUGUACCCCUUCACCCUGCGCUGUCUGCCUGUCUUCAUUCUGUCCUUGAUAAAAAGUAAUGCUUUUCGGCUGUCUUCGACCAUCAAGCUGGACGACCGCGUGUUUCUGAUGCAGCAGUUCAAGUCGUUACCGUGUAACUACCUAAUCCAACUCAUCUACCCUGAUCUCUACCCAAUACACAACCUGGACAAAGAGGUAAUGGAAUCAAAGAACGGCAUUACUAUCCCGAAGCCGCCCGUGCUGCAGCUGAACUCUGCGAACAUCGACCGUCACGGCGUGUACCUCAUGGACUCUGGUGAACAGAUGCUGAUGCUGGUGGGAGGGGCCGUCAGUGAUCACUUCUGUCAGCAGGUCUUCGACAAACCCAACUUCAUGUCCAUACCUGAUGGCAUGACUGAUUUGCCUGAACUAGAAAACCUAACUUCAGAAAAUGUUAGGAAUUUUGUGAACAACUUGACCGAUAAUGCACCAAGUGGUUCCACAUUUCUUGUUAUCAGGGAAGACAGUAAAAUGAGGUACCUGUUUUUUGAACACAUGACUGAAGACAGGAGUGAAUCGAGCAUGUCGUACUAUGAAUUCUUGCAAUAUUUACAACAGAGGAGUAAGAGCUAACCAACUCCGUUAACUAGCGUCCACAAACUUAACUGAAACUACGGCAUUCUGACAGUGGAGUGAUCCAUUCUGUGAUGAUGUAGUGUGGACAUUCUACCAUUGCAUUGGCAACUUGUGAACAGUUGGGUGCAUUACAAAAAAAAUACAAAAACAUGUUGUGAAACCAAAUGAUUAUAUAUAUUUGAUGAUCUUCCGUGAAAAUUGUCUGGAUAAAUAGAAGACUGUGGAUUUCAUGUGUACAACUAUUCAGCUAAGAACAAAUGGAAUUCAGUUUGAUAAAUACAGACACAUUGGUGAUCUAGUGAAAAUUCACGAGACUGUAUGUGGAGCCAGUACUUAAACCAAGACUUGACACUGGCAGUAUAGGGUGUAACAGUUCCUGCACGGACCCCAGUAGCUUAAACUGAAAUAUGCAAGCGUAAUAAAGCCUUGGUUAGUUGAAAGUACCAUGCAUGAUUGUUCUUGAAUUGUACAGAUCGUAUGUAGUUGUUUGACGUAGUUUUGAGAGAAUGGCUCGUUAUAUUUAUAUAGUGCAAUCAAAUGAGUGAAUCCUUAAGUAAGUGUCCCACUUAUUUUUGGUGCCGUUAGGUCUUGGUGCUGAUAAAUGUGUAAACCACGCAGAGGAAAUACGUUCAGUGACAUGGAAUCCUGAAACCCUCUUUUUUUUUUUUUCAGGGCUUCUGCCAGAAAGACAUUUUUGGGUAUGGCGCUAUGGAAUUGAAUAUUUACAAUGCGUGUGCUGAACGCAUCCACAGUUAACAGGAGGUAUGGGGGUCUCUCCCAGAAAGAAAAUUGGUUAGGUUUAGGGUUAGGGUUAAGAAAUAAUAAAAGAGUCAUUAAUUUUGUCAAAAGGUCAAUGUAAAAAAAUUAAAAUCUGCAAAACAAAUUUGGUUAUGGCGCCAUACCCGUUUUACCCUCUGGCAGAAACCCUGUUUUUAUUGUUAGGUGAUCCAGAUCAGGUUGGAGAAGUAUACUGAAAUAAAAGUCAUAAUCUAUGUGUGGUACGAAUGUUUGAGUGAAUAAUUUGGUACAUGCUGUUAAAACGCCCAACCAUUAGAGCUCUUGUGACUGGGGCAUUGUAGGCAGUAUAAAAAGUGUAAUUUUGUAACCGGUUAAUUUCUGAUUAGAUUCAGUAUGUUUUUCUCCGUUGCAUAGAGAUGUGAACAAAACAGGUUGACAUAAAACUAAUAUUUUGACAAAAAGGUACGACAGGUCUAUUGUACAUUGUUCCAUUGUUUGAAUCCAGCUGCUACAUACUACGUGGGUUCAACUCCAUGCCAGAUGUCUCCCAUUUAAAUACUGAAUUAUCAAGUGUGUAUGUUUUUGUUUAUUGGUAAUUCAAUACAUUUUGUAACAUUUUAUGCAUGAAAACCGUUGUCCUAGAUUAUGUUUAUGAAAUGAGUUCACAUAGUGUUUGAAAUGUUCAUGAACAAAGUUACAUGGAAUGUAAUUGUUUCAGGCAUGAUUAUUUUAAUUUGGUGAAUUCUCUGUUGCACUGUCAUGUUGUUGUAUACGUGUGUCAAUAAUUUAACAGAAGAUUCAAGACUCCUAUACAUCCUGGCUAUAUUUGAUCAGUUUAGUCCAGUAACUAACAUGGUCUUCUGUUGGAUUAGUUAACAUCUCUAUGUAAUGGAGAUAAAAUGUAAUAUUUUACAACACUAUGGUUUUGUUAGUUGUGUAACUGUUUAAUUGUUUGUGAUGAAUUAAAUUUGUGAUGGUGAGUGAGAGAGAAAACAUAAUCAGAAAUGCUAAUGCGUGUUUAUAAUGUGAGGUGAUUGUUGAAUAAUAUUCUUGUAUGGUUUUGUUUAACCUAUUAGAAGAAAUAUUUUUGUUAUAUAUUUAAUUCCUCUUUAAUAAAUGGUUCUCAUCUGUAACGAGUUUUACAACCAUUAUAAACAUGUGCAGCCGUUAUGUCAUGUUCCUGGUUUCAUGGAUUGUUGUGGUUUGAUUUCCAACAACUAGAGAUCUUGUUGCAUAGACUUGAUGCAUCCUUUGUUGAUGUAGGCGUUGUGCAACCACUGCAAACCAAUCACCUUGUUUUACUCAUACAGGGCUUCUAGAAUUUGUUUUAAACCCACUAGUCAUGGGAUCAGUGAUUUUAAAAAUUACUAGCCAUGAUUAAAAAUUCACUAGUCUUAC